UAAGAAACUAUCCAGGCAGGACUCGAUCAACAAGUCAAGCUUAUCAAAUUUCACACAGAAAUAGGCACCAUCUCUCUUUCUCUCUCCCUGUGUGUGUGUGUCUGCCCCGAUCGAACAGCACAAAUCACAAUGGCAGGAGCAGCAGUUGUAUCUGCUUUCCUGCAGAUUCUGUUUGAGAAAUUGGCUGUUGCUGCCUUGGACGAAUACCAAUCCCUCCGGAAUGCUAAGAAAGAGUUUCAGUACCUGUCCAAUACGCUGUCAUCCAUACAAGACCUGCUUGAAGAUGCAGAGGAAAAACAGUUGAAGGAUAAACCAGUCAGAGGUUGGCUCGUGAAGCUCAAGGAUGUCGCCGUUGACAUUGAUGACUUGCUGGACAAAAACAAAACUGCAGUUCAACGUUCAAAAUUGAAGAACCAAAAGGCAAGCAGGUAUCUCUCUUGCUAUUUCUUCAACAAAGUUUUUCUUGAUUAUAAAUUGGCACACAAAAUCAAAGGCAUCAAUGAGAGAUUAGACAAGAUAUCUAGAGAACGAAAUGUUCUUGGCCUGCAAGUGCUGAACAACCACGCGAGCAGGCUUGAAAUCGAAGAGAAACCUCAGACCAGCUCACUGGUUGAUGAUUCUCGUGUUUUUGGUAGAGAACAAGAUAAAGAGAAUAUAGUGAAAUUGUUGUUAGCCACGGGUGACGGAUUCAACAAUCAUUUUAAUGUUCCAAUCCUCCCUGUUGUUGGUAUGGGGGGGCUUGGGAAGACCACUCUUACCCAGCUUGUCUACAAUGAUAAUAGAGUCAAGGAACACUUCCAGCUAAGGAUGUGGUUGUGUGUCUCUGAGAAUUUUGAUGAAAGGAAGCUGACCAGAGAGACAUUAGAGUGCACUCUGAGCGACUACUCUAACACCAACACAAACACCACAAACCUGAACUUGUUACAAGAGGAUCUGUUUCAAAAGCUGAAAGGGAAGAAGUUUCUACUUGUUUUGGAUGAUGUUUGGAAUGAGAACCGGGAGAAAUGGAGCAGGUACUAUGCCGCUUUAGCUGCAGGAGAAAGAGGAAGCAAAAUUCUGAUGACAACUCGAAAUGAAAACGUCGGACUGAUCAUGGGUGCUUUGAAGCCGUACUACUUGAAUCAAUUAUCAGACGAGGAUUGCUGGUUAUUGUUCAGAAGUUGUGCAUUUGUGAAUGGCAGCUCAAGUGGGCAUCCGAAGUUGGAGAUAAUUGGCAAGAUGAUUGUCAAGAAGCUCAAGGGAUUGCCCUUAGCAGCAAAGACACUGGGGAGCCUCUUAUAUUCCAAACUCGAUGAAGAUGAAUGGGAAAACAUCUUGAGAAGUGAAAUUUGGGAGCUGCCAACUGACCAGAACAACAUAAUGCCAGCUCUUAGAUUGAGUUACAAACAUUUGCCACCGAAUCUCAAGCAGUGUUUCGCAUUUUGUUCUGUCUUUCAUAAAGAUUAUGUGUUUGGAAGAGAUGAUCUGGUGCACAUGUGGAUGGCUCUCGGUUUCAUUCAGCAUCAAGGAAGGAAAAGGAUGGAGGACGUUGGUUACAGUUAUUUUGACGAGCUAGUAAGCAGGUCCUUCUUUCAAGCUCAAAAAGGCAAUUAUGUAAUGCAUGAUGCCAUCCAUGAUCUAGCACAAUCUAUCUCCAUUGGUGAAUGUGUUAGAUUGGAGGAUAAGUUGCAGAAUGAUAUGACUGAUAAAGCUCUUCAUUCAUCAUUCUCAUGCAGUCACACAAUGCAUACUUCAUUUGUGCCAUUCUACAGGUUCAAUCGACUAAGAACACUACUGCUCUUGCAAGGUUACAAAUCUAGUACUGGCCUGAUCCCAGAUGAUCUAUUCAUGAGACUAAAAUUUCUGCGAGUUCUGGACCUAAACCGCCGAGAUAUUGAUGAGUUGCCAAACUCGAUUGGCAAUUUAGAUCAGCUAAGGUAUCUAGGUCUCUCUGGCACUGGAAUCAGAGCGUUGCCUUCUUCUAUCAGCAAGUUAUACAAUUUACAAACACUGAGACUGAAACAUUGCAAUGAACUGAGCCGUCUGCCAAGAGGAAUCACUGGUCUGGUCAAUUUAAGGCAUCUGGAAGCAAACAGACUACUCAUAUCAGAGAUAGCAGGAAUAGGGAAACUAACCUGCUUGCAGAAGCUUGGGGAAUUCAACGUUCGCCAGAGGAUGGGAUUCCACAUAACUGAGCUGAAGGACAUGACAGAGCUUCGGGGACAUCUUUGCAUCUCUGAUCUUGAGAAUGUGAUCAGUGGAGAAGAGGCGAGAGAAGCUAUGCUGAACGCCAAAGCAUCACUCACUUCACUAGAGCUUAUAUGGUCUGAGGAAAUACAUGUUGCUAGUUUAGAAGAAUGUAUCCAAGUAGAGGUGCUCAGAUAUCUGCAACCACAGAAUGAGAUCAGAGAGCUCUCAAUCAAGGGCUAUUCAGGAUUCCUCUUUCCAGAUUGGCUAGGCAGCUCAUCACUCUCCAGUCUACACACCAUUCACUUAUCCAACUGCAAGAAUAGCAAGUUCCUCCCACCUCUGGGGCAGCUCCCAUUCCUCAGAUAUCUAGACAUUGGUGGAAUGGAUAGUGUCACACACAUUGGGCAAGAGUUCUUGGGUUUUGAAGGAUUUCCAUCAUUGAUCGAACUAGUGCUUGAAGACAUGCCUUGUUUGGAGGAAUGGGUGAUUGCACAAGGUGAAGGCGUGUUCCCUUGCAUCACGGAAAUUCAGAUAAGAGAAUGUCCGGAGUUGAGAGAGCUGCCACAACUUCCUCCAACACUGAUGAAGCUAACUGUAUUGGAAGCAGGAGUGAGCUGCCUUCCGCAACUCAAGACAGCAAUCUCAUCAUCAUCAUCAUCAUCAUCAUCAGCAGCAGCAGCAGCAGCACUCUCAUAUAUGUACAUACAUGAUUGUCCGAAUCUGACAUCGCUGAGAAAUGGAUUGCUGAGCCAGGAGCUGAAGUCUCUAAGGGAAUUGACUAUUGCCAACUGUGAAGAGCUUGUAUCACUGCCAAUGGAUUUGUUCAAACCACUUGUUUCAUUAAAAAACCUCCACAUAUACAAUUGUCCAAAGGUCAGCUGCAGUUUUCAGGAGGCCACAGGCCUGCUCCCAGCAUCACUAGAAGACCUCAGGAUCAGCUCAUGUAGUGUGGAGCUCAUCAACCCAAUGCUCAAAUGUUUAGGGAGCCUGACAACAUUAAGACAUUUGAAGAUUUGUGACUACUCUGAGCUCAACUAUUUUCCAAAGGAGACCAGGCUGCCAGACAUGCUCAAGCUUUUGACGUUGUGCAACUGUGCUAAUCUCUUGUGCUUGCCUCCACUGCUACAUGUCUCAGGCCUCGAGACUUUGGUUAUUAGUGACUGUCCAUUGGCGAUGUUACCUGUAGAUGGACUGCCUGCAGAGCUGCAGGAGCUGCACAUUGACGGCUGCCCAGUCUUAAAGAACCUGUUGGAACAGGAUGAUGGAAGAGAAUGGGCUAAGAUCGUUCAUGUACCCAAGGUAGUGAUUGAUAGUGAAAGGAGGACGAUAACUGGGAACACUUCCAAACAUAUCUGACAUCCCAGCAACUGGCAGAGCUGUUGGUGAUGAAGAGUUUCAGAUUGAGGGUUCUUUACUCUGCUAUGGAAUCAGAAGGAUUGAAGAAAUUGUCAGGCUGAGGUUACUCUGAAGCUACUCUGAUUUUCGGAGAGGAUUUUGAAGACUUGAAGCUGAAACGGUUAACUUGGUUGAUGCUGAGUCAGCCUCCAGAUCAGCAGAGUUUUUUCUGUUUCAUUGGUCGACGUCAUCAUAAGUUUGUUAUAACUGUAGCCACGUUAGCUAAAUUACUUAUGCUUGUACUUAUAAAUAUCAUUGUAUUCACUUCAGAGUUCAGACAGCGAUUAAACAAUGAGAAUUUUG